GCUACUCUCGAUAGCUCUAUGGCCUCACAAGGUCAUCCAAUUCACAAAAUAAACGACAUAAUAUCUACCUUCCGACCAACCAAACGAUUCCGACCCGACGACCAGAAAACCUCAGUAACUUCCCUCGAUUUCGACGACACGGGCGAACUCGCCAUCAUUGCCCGGAACGAUGACACCCUCCAAAUAUACAACUGCAAGGAAGGGAAACAUGCCAAAGAACUCAAGUCCCAGAAGUAUGGAGUCCACCUUGCACGCUUUACACACCACGCCCAGAGUAUCUUGUACGCCUCAACGAAGGUUGACGAUACCAUCCGAUACCUAUCGACCCACGACAACAGCUAUAUCCGUUACUACAGAGGGCAUACUGCGCCGGUUACAUGUAUAACGCUGUGUCCGUCGAGCGACACGUUCAUGUCAUGUUCGCUCGAUGACACGGUGCGCCUGUGGUCUUUAAACAGCCAAAACGCCCAAGGGAUUCUGAAGCUCCGCGCCCCCAGUCUCGCUGCCUAUGAUCCUUCGGCCUCUGUCAUUGCCGUCGCGUCGCCCUCAUCGCAAACCGUGCUCCUGUACGACCUGAGAAACUACGACAAACCACCGUUCGCCAGUUUCGAUCUGGGGGGCCUAGAGAGACGGUUAUUAUCACCGCAGAGCUCUCACCAGAAGUCAUUGAGCGACUGGACCAAAAUCGAGUUCACGAACGACGGUAAGAGUAUCCUCGUCGGAACCGCCGGCGCCGGGCAUUUCUUAAUCGACGCCUUCGACGGCUCCCUCCGCCAUUUCCUCGCCAAAGCCGGCUCGGGCUCCCUCCGCACCCCUCCAUCCGCGACCCCUUCCUCAUCGGCCAAUUCUACCAGCGACGCCCAAGCCCGCCCUGCGCUAGGCCAAGGCGACAUCUGCCUCUCUCCCGACGGCCGCUAUGCCAUCGAGGGCGGGGGAUUGCUGGUGUGGGAUUUGCACAGCGCGCAGACGGAGGACCGCAUAUUGCGUCCGUCCGCUGAGCUUCCCGGUCCCGGUCGGCAAGAGGUGGUGGGUUAUAACCACCGGAUGAACCUCAUUUGUAGCGCCGACAAGGACAUGUUGAUCUGGUUGCCAGAUGGGGAGUUGGCCCCUUGA